CGCGCGCGCUUGGUAUUGCGGCGAGAGCGCGACAGAGGCGCGUUCACACAGUGAAUCCGUUUGGUUUACAUUUACACAGCGCAGCGGCCUUGCUGUGUCCCAGUGAAUUUUUCAGCCAGAGAAGCCGAAUAAAAGAAAACAUUUCUGUAAGAAAAAUUGAUUUCCAACUAUUUUAGGUGAGCGUCAGGCCCCCUCCCCGAAAAGUGACCGAAGCAGCCGUUUUACACGACACAGCCAUGGCAGAUUCCAGCAGCAGCGCAGCAGCCGCCGGAGCCGCAGGCUCAAAUAGCGGCGCCACGGAGCCUGGCAACGCCGCGGCGCCCGGAGGAGCCACCGAAGCGGCGGGAUCCAAGCCCGGCCUGGAGUCGGUGAAGGGGCAAAAUUUUGACGUCGGUCCGCGCUACACCGAACUUUUGUAUAUCGGGGAGGGGGCCUACGGAAUGGUGUGCUCGGCCUUCGAUCACGUGAACAAGGUGCGAGUGGCCAUCAAGAAGAUCAGCCCGUUUGAGCACCAGACGUACUGCCAGCGCACGCUGCGCGAGAUCAAGAUCCUUCUGCGGUUCCGCCACGAGAACAUCAUCGGCAUCAACGACAUCCUGAGAGCCCGGCACAUCGACAACAUGAGGGACGUCUACAUCGUGCAGGACCUGAUGGAGACGGAUCUGUACAAGCUGCUGAAGACUCAGCAGCUGAGCAACGACCACAUCUGCUACUUCCUGUACCAGAUCCUGAGAGGCCUCAAGUACAUCCACUCUGCCAACGUGCUGCACAGAGACCUCAAGCCCUCCAACCUGCUCAUCAACACCACCUGCGACCUCAAAAUCUGUGAUUUUGGCUUGGCGCGGAUAGCGGACCCAGAGCACGACCACACAGGCUUUCUCACGGAGUACGUGGCCACACGCUGGUACCGCGCUCCUGAGAUCAUGCUCAACUCCAAGGGCUACACCAAGUCUAUCGAUAUCUGGUCAGUGGGCUGUAUUCUGGCGGAGAUGCUGUCCAACAGGCCCAUCUUCCCUGGGAAGCACUACCUGGACCAGCUCAACCUCAUCCUGGGCAUCCUGGGCUCCCCCUCUCAGGAAGACCUGAACUGCAUCAUCAACCUGAAGGCCAGGAACUACCUGCAGUCCCUGCCGCAGAAGCCCAAGAUCCCCUGGAGCAAGCUGUUCCCCAAGGCCGACAACAAGGCUUUGGAUCUACUGGACCGCAUGCUGACCUUUAACCCCAUCAAGCGCAUCACAGUGGAGGAGGCUCUGGCACAUACUUACCUGGAGCAGUACUAUGACCCCACUGAUGAGCCAGUUGCAGAGGAGCCCUUCACCUUUGACAUGGAGCUGGACGACCUGCCCAAGGAGAAGCUAAAGGAGCUGAUCUAUGAGGAAACGGCCCGAUUCCAGGCCAACUACCAGGGCUCCUGAGUCACUGGCCCCUGCAGGGAGAGAGCUAUGAAGACUGACGAUAAAGCCGCUAAACUAUCCGAACAAGAAGACUCCGAACUAUAUACACAAGUACAGUAAAUUUACAGUAUACAAAAAAUCGAGAAAUGUACAUUUAAAAAAAACAAACAAAAAAAAAAAAAAAAACAGUUUACUUUUCGUUUCUUACGAGGGGAACCUGCGCGUUCCUCUGAGUUUCUGUCCGUGUCGCAGCUUUAAGAGUUCCACAGUAAGCUGAUCGCUAUUGGUAUCAGAGCCGGUUUUAGUCCUUGCUUGGAAUGGGUUUUUUUUUCUUUUUUAUCUCUCUCUUUCUCUCUUUCUUCACGAGCGGGGUCGUUUCUUUUUGGACGGCAGGCCCACCCGCCUCCUGCAGCCGCCCGGCUUGGCUCUCCUUCAUUUCCGUCUCUGUCGCUACCUCGCGCCGAGCGAGGUGUUAACGUACUGUCGCGUCUGCCACACAAACGUGUAUAUUACUGUAUUAACAACCCCCCCCCCCUUUCCCUCGUUGUUUGAGCGGGCGAGAGCCAAGGGGAAGGGGCUUUUUUCGCUCUGUAUAUAAAUCAUUAUCGGUUCCGCGCGAGCGUGUCUUUAAGAGGUGUGUGUUAAACCACGAAUUACGAACAAUUACGAGUCAGUACUGAAGAAUUUACAUCAGCUAUUGAACGCUUUCAUUUCGACGGUUGUUUUUAUUCUUCGAAGAGCGCAAACUUGAUAUUUUACGGGCUUUAUAAAUUAGCGCUGUACAUUUUGAAAGUGCGUGUUGGCAGUUGAUUUGCAGUAGCAGCUUAGGAGAGGGGCUCGGAGCGGGAGUGCAUCGUGUUCAGCGCUGGUUCAGUGCUGCUGUAAUAAUAGCGUUCGUCCUUUUUGAUUUCGCUUGUCAGCAGAGGAGCUUUGUGUUUUAUUGCUGAGCCCAAUGAGAUGUCUGCUGCUAAUGAACUAAGUUUCUCUCUCUCCCUUCUCUGCCUCUCUGAUUUUACAUUCCCUGCUCUCUCUCUCUCUCUCUCUCUCUCCCUCCUUUCCUUCCUCACUUUUUUCCUAGCCUUUCUUUGUCUUCUUCUGUUAUUCCUUUUCUGGGAGUUGUGUGUUUUUUUCUGUAAAUAUUCUUUAUACAUCUUAAGUUCGUUCAGAACAAAAUCAAGAUUUUCGAUUUGUGCUUGUUAUGAUAAUGGUUGCCACGCUUAUGGUUAAAUUUGCUUUUAUCGGUUCACUGUAAACUUUUUUUGUCAUUUUUUUCUGUUUGUGAGUGUGUCUUUUUGACAACAAUUUGUGCAAAAAAAAAAAAAUUAUGAUGCUGAUUUUUAGAUUGAGGAAAUUUAUUGUAAAGGUUUUAGGCGAUUUAAACCCCCCCCCCCCCCCACGCCCAUUUCACUGUCUAUAUCUGUUUCUCUCCUCCGUAUCUACGUACCUCUCCCUGCUCAGUGCCCGUCAGUCUCAUCUCUCCAUCUUUCAUCUUUCUCUCCUUCCAUCCUUCUCUCCUCCCACACAAAUCUGUUCUGCAUCUACUCACUCAGUUACCUGGGGAAAGUGCACUAUGCUAAGCAAAAAAUAAAUAAAUAGAGAAAUAAAAAUGUUAUAUAUAUAUUGAGUUCUGCUAAGCAAAUGAAUAGAGAGCCAUGGUGUUGUUCUACCUUCAGUGCUGAUGCGGAACGCGUGAGAACCUUCCGUCUGAGGCAGAGUCCGUCGCUGCUGUGUUUCCUCGUUUGAUGUCGUUUCCGAAAGGGCUCGCACAGUUCCCGCGGGGGAGAACGCCUCGCCUCUCGCGGUUAGCCUGCCCCCUGACCAAUCGCUGGGCUCCUAACACUCCACCGACCGCCCGACCUCCUACCAGUCGGAUCGCUCCGUUUGAAUGGCCGGGCGGGUUUUCCGUUUUCCGGCGGGCGAAACCUUGUCCGUCGCUGCCCUGGCUUCGCCUCGAUGGCCCCGCCCCGUCAGCUUUAGCGUCCCGCGCCCGCGCGUCAGGCCGGGGGCUUCAGCGCGGCCGUAACAACCGCCCAAUCGGCACGCCGCUCUCCCGCCUCUCCGUUUCCGAGGAAACCGCUCGUUUACUGACGCGGCGCGGUUUUGCGUCCGGCCGGCUUUCAAAGCGCGCCUAAAAUGGCGGCGCCCGGCAGCGGACGGGCUCCCGGCGGGUAGCUUUUCCCGCCUCUAGCUCUUUAGCGGCCGCAGCUAUUCGGUCAAAGCGGGCCCCGGUUCGGGUUCCGAGAGAGAGAUUUGGUCUGGCUGAGCUUUCGGCAGUUAGCUGGGGGGGGGGUGCUUGUUUAGUGCCAGCUGCUUUGCUUCCAGCAGGCCUAUGGAUGAGCGAGUUCCUCUGACAGGGAAGUGUAACGGUGGACACGGUUUAACAGCACGAGAGGAGAACCACAUUCUGAGUGAACGGGACCAUGAUCUUCAGUCUGCGGAUGGCCGCGCUGUACGCCAGAUGGUACAUGCUUAGGAACUGAAAAAUGUCAUUGUAAAUCUUGUCCCAGUUUUGUUGCUAUUAUUAUUAUUAUUAUUAUUAUUGUUGUUGUUGUUAUAUUGGUGGUGUUUUUUUUUGGUUUGUUUUUUACAGAAAAGGGAGCUUAAUGUUAGUUUUUUUUGUUCUUCUUUUAUUUCUGGAUACUUUUGGGUGUGGAAAAAGCCAAGAUCAUUCUUUCUGAAAUCUAUUUUUUCCCUAAAUAUUAUAAUGAAUUAUUUUAAGAGAUAUUAUGAAAUGAGAAUAUUGUCAAAUUUAAGAGAUAUGAAUGGUAAUGGUCUGUAUACAGUAUAGGGGUAUUAUGAAUUAAACAUUUAACAAAGAAACAGAAUUAUAUACAAAUAUUAAAUAAAAUUCCUGUUACUGUGAAACAAAA